CUCGUCGGAGUUGGAGACGGAGAGCAGGAGGUCCGAACGGAAGAGCCCCUCCCCCCACCGCGGACGGUGACAUACGGGAGUUGCGCGAUCUUACGAGAGAGCGAGCGAGAGAGAGAGAGAGAGAGAGAGAGAGAGAGACAGGUGGAGAGAGACAGACAGACACAGUGGGAAACAGAGACAGAGAGAGAGAGAGAGAAAGAGGCCAUGGUGGGAGUCCCAGCACCUGGACGCGGAGUCGCGCCACUCCUUCUGCUCGUGCUCGCCCUGGGCCCGGAGCGCGUGGCCGAGGGGUGCAGCUGUCACCCUGCGCACCCCCAGGAGCAGUUCUGCAGCUCUGAGAUAGUGAUUCGGGCGAAGGUCUCGGGGGAGAAGAUCGUGUCUCCAAGCAACAGCUCGUCUCCAUAUCUGAAGAUGAUCCAAUACGAAAUCAAGCUGAUCAAGAUGUUCAAAGGCUUCGAGAAGGUGAAGGACAUCCAGUACAUGUACACGCCCGUCUUCUCCUCGCUCUGCGGCGUCAAGCUGGACUCCAGCAACAAGGUGCAGUACCUGCUGUCAGGGAACAUGCUGAGCGACGGCAAGGUCUCCGUCGGCCUCUGCGACUUGGUGGAGCCCUGGGACAACCUGUCCAUGUCCCAGAAGAAGAACCUCAACUACAGAUACCAAUCGGGCUGCGACUGCAGGAUCGCCACGUGCAACUCGGUGCCGUGCGCCACCACCGAGGACGGCGAGUGCCUGUGGACCGACUGGCUCCUGGACAACAGCCUGAGCGGCGAACAGGCGCGCCACUUCGCGUGCGUCAAGCGCACCGACGGCUCCUGCAGCUGGUACCGCGGAGGCCCGCCCCCCGACAAGGACUUCCUGGACAUGUCCGACCCGUGAGGGGCGGGUCCGGCUGGUGGGAGGAGCUUCUGCAGCGCGGCGCCUCCUGCCGGCUGCGUCCGGGCGUUGCCGUGACCCAGCGCCCCGCUGCUGGGUGAAUGUAAGGGAGCCGACCCAAAGGCCACGCGGUCGCAAGUCCAUCUGAAGGCGACGUGCUUCUCGUAGACCCGUCAGGACAGAGUCCCUUCUUCCUCAUAGCGGCAAACUCCCAGCAUGCCUUGCGCCAUGCCUGUCCCCACUUUCUUUUCCGCACGACGGUCCGCAGCGCACACGUAUAGUCUCGCGACGCAAUCGACAGCAUCCCCUCCCUUCGCGGCCCCCGUGCAGAAGGGUGCAGUUUAGCGGUAACGUAGAAACGGCACCCGAGUUGAAGAUAAAUUUAAAAGAAAGAAAAAAAAAAAAAAAAAAACCGCGUUUUGUACCGCGCCCAGUAACUAUAAAGGAAAACCUGUCAAUUAACGAACGCAAUUUUGCAUUCGUGUAAAAAGACCGAUGAGUCGAGUAAUCCUCAGGGGCGCAAACCCAUCGUCUGUCCGUUAAUAAACUGCACGUCACGCAUCUGUCCCUCCCGGCGUUUCGAAGGCCCCGAACCAAAAGACCGAAGAAUACACCCCCCCCCCCCCCCCCGCCCCCCCACGCCAGCGCACACGAGGAUUGUAAAUAUUUCUAUGACUAUUAACAACUAAAGCAUUCACGGAGGCAAAAUAGAACGUAUCGUAUCGUUUGCAGUACAUGUAGCGCAACGUUGUUUAUUCUUUAUUUGCAUCUUGUGCGUGUCCUACGUUGCUGCGCUUUGUAAAACCCCCCCUGUGCCAAAAAAGCCAAUAACACUGCGAUAACAAGAGCACGAGUAGUACCUGCGCGGGAUGUUUCUAUGGGUAUUUAUGUCUCUUUCGCUGUCGAUACGUAGUUUGCGUUUUUCUAUUUUAUUGUACCAAAAAUGUUGUUUAUAAAAUCUUCCAAUAGAGAA